AUGUAUUUUGAAGAAGAUUUAAUGAGUGAGCAAUUAUUAAAUCUAGAUUUUAAUGAAUUUAUUACAAAAAUUAACACCAAGUAUAUAGGAAAAAAUUCCAAGAUUUCUACAAAAGUAAGGCAAAAAGGAAAUCAACUUUAUAUCAGAAAAAGUCACAAUGCUGAGAUACAUAAAGAAAUUUUCAAUUUAUAUUCUAUGAGUGUUACUUUUGCUAUAGACGCAUCAGAAGAAUUGGCUUUAGCAUAUGGUAACAGAUCAGCUUUUCUAUUACAUUUAGGAAAAUAUAAAGAAAGUCUUGAAGAUUUGGAUAAAGCACUUAACAUCACCAUGUCUAAUAUUUUAAAAGUUAAGUUAUAUUGUCGCAGAGUCGAGUGCUUAAUUUUAUUAGGCUUAUCUGAUAUAUUAGACUGCAAUAAAGUUAAUGUUGUAUCAAAAAAGGAAGAUAAGAAAAAUCCACUUAUUGAAAAACUUUUAGAAAAAGAAAAGGAUAUUUUUAGCAAUAUUGAUAUAAAUUAUUCUGAAAAAUAUGGCAGAUAUUUAGUUACUACUAAAGAAUAUAAACCAGGACAAAUAAUUUAUGUAGAAACACCUUAUGUAGCUUGUUCAAAUAAUAAAAAUCCAUAUAUUUAUUGUUGUCAUUGUUUGGCUAUAGCAUGGGCAGGAAUUCCAUGCAAGUAUUGUAAUUGGUGCAUUUUUUGCUCUGUAAAAUGUAGAGUGGAAGCUUGGAAAACAUAUCAUAAUAUUGAAUGCUCUGUUUUUCCAUAUAUUAAAAAAUUCUCUAAGAAUUUUGUACAAAGUUUUCAACUUAGUGUAAAAGUAAUGUUGAUGGGAAUGAAAGAAUUUGAUACUAUUGACAAAUUUAAAUCAGAAAUAGAAUAUAUUGAUAAAUAUAAUGAUAAGCGUACUAAAGGUUUUUUGAAUGAUGAAGUAUUUGUAAAUACUAAAUUUAGAAGCAUUUACAGUUUAUCAAAUAAUAUAUCUAAGCAACAAUUUAAAACUAAUGUUCAAAAUACAGCCAUAGCUUUGGCUUGUAUAAUUAAAUAUACAUCCUUUUUUAAAUUUAAUUUUGUAACAAACCAAGAACUUAAAAGUUUAAUUAAAAAUUCAGAAGUUGUUUUUAUUGGAACGCUACUGUUAAAACUUAUUAAUAUUACUUGUAAUAAUAGGCAUAUUAUUUUUAAUUCAUUACAAGCCUGCAAUAAAAAUUCACAACCAUUGAGGUGUGCAAUAGCUCAAUGUUGUAGUAAAGGAAUAUGUUUGGCACCAGUUAGUAGUUUAAUUAAUAACAGUUGUAUUCCUAAUGUAAAAAGAUGUUUUACAGAGGAUCACAAGAUAAUAAUUUAUGCUGUAGAGACUAUUCCACAAAAUUCUCAAGUAAAUAUCAAAUGA